GUAGUGCUUUUCAGUCUCUGUGACCUUGUUCUUGACAUUUUCUGCAAUCAUCAUCUGUUGCCAUCCAAUUUUAGCUGGAUGACAACCUUUGUUCUGUAGAGAUUGUUUGCUUGUACUGAAUUUGCAUUUACUUUUCCCUGCCAAAUCCCAAUAAAACAAAAAGGCUAAUGAUAUUCAGAGAGCACAGUCACAGACCACAAUGAGAGGGAGAGAGAUAAUGGGUUCUUCUACAACGUCUCUUCUUCUCCUUCUCUUUCUCUACUCCACCAAUGUUGCAACAGCUACAACCGUAAAAUCACUGCCAGCACUUUUUCCCCGAGCAACCUAUCAAUCCUUGAGUGAGAAUCCUAAGAAGUUGAAACCAAAGAUUCCGUACAAGACCCACUACUUCCCUCAGAUUCUAGACCACUUCACUUUUCAUCCAAGAAGCUAUAAAAUUUUCCACCAAAAGUACUUGAUCAACGAUCGAUCCUGGCAAAGGGGAGGACCAAUUUUUGUUUAUACUGGCAAUGAAGGUGACAUUGAUUGGUUUGCUUCCAACACUGGGUUCUUGCUCGACAUUGCUCCCAAGUUCCAUGCCCUCCUAGUUUUCAUCGAACAUAGAUUUUAUGGGGAAUCACUGCCAUUUGGAGAUGACUCUUACAAGUCAGCUGAGACAUUGGGGUUCUUAACUUCACAGCAAGCAUUGGCUGAUUUUGCAGUUUUGAUAAGGAGUUUGAAGCAGAAUCUGUCCACUGAAGCAUCUCCUGUGGUGGUCUUUGGUGGUUCCUAUGGAGGAAUGCUGGCAGCAUGGUUCAGACUGAAAUACCCACAUAUAGCUAUUGGUGCCUUGGCCUCUUCAGCCCCUAUUCUGCAGUUUGAUGACAUUACACCAUGGUCAAGCUUUUAUGAUGCAGUUUCCCAGGACUAUAAGGAAGCAAGCUCGAAUUGCUAUGAAGUGAUCAAGGGAAGCUGGGCAGAGGUUGAGUCAGUAGCUCACAAGGAAGGUUUAGCUGAACUAAGCAGAAAUUUCAGGGCUUGCAAGCGCAUUAAGUCAAUGUAUUCAGCUCGGGACUGGUUAGAGGAAGCUUUUGUUUACACUGCUAUGGUGAAUUACCCAACGGAGUCCAAUUUUAUGAUGCCAUUACCUCCAUAUCCUGUGGAGAAGAUGUGCAAGAUUAUUGAUGGAUUACCAUCCACAGCUUCCAAGCUUAGCAGGGUUUUUGCUGCUGCAAGCCUUUAUUACAACUAUUCAGCAACUGAAAAGUGCUUCCAGUUGGAAAAUGAACCCGACUCUCAUGGUCUUCAUGGUUGGGACUGGCAGGCAUGUACAGAAAUGAUGAUGCCAAUGAGUUGCUCAAACGAUAGCAUGUUUCCUUCAUAUGAUUUUGACUACAAAGAGGCCAAAAAGGACUGCAAGAAGAGCUUUGGCGUUACCCCUCGACCUCAUUGGAUAACUACUGAAUUCGGGGGAAAAAGAAUUGACCAAGUAUUGAAGAGAUUCGGUUCCAACAUUAUAUUUUUCAAUGGAAUGCAAGACCCUUGGAGCAGAGGAAGUGUUCUGAAGAACAUAUCUCGCAGCAUUGUUGCUAUUGUCGCGGAGAAAGGAGCACAUCACGUCGAUCUCCGAGCAGCGACAAAAGAUGACCCAGAUUGGCUUGUAGACGUGAGGAAGCAAGAAGUCGAGAUUAUUAAGAGUUGGAUAGAUGAAUACUAUGCUGAUCUAAAACAACGUUACAACAAUGAAUGAAGUUUUCCCAACACAUCCUCAAGCUGGUUUUGGCUGAGAAGUAUUUGUGGUGCAUAAAUAUUGUAUUUGUAUAUCAUAAAUUUCAAUUGCCAUAUAUCAUAUGGAUCAUGAAUUCAUGAUUGAUUU